AAAUAGAGAUUAGAGGCUGUUAGACAACCCAGAAGAAGCAAUACCAAAUUCCGAUACCGUCGGCGUCCGACUGACAGUGGACCCACAUCAAGAAUCAAGCGGACGUCUUCCGCCCACCUCAGCUCCUUCUCCGGCACCCACAUCACUGUAUCACUUACUCGAAACUAAAAAUCUCAAGAACGAUGUCGAAUUUGUUAAAGAAAGUGUGGGAAUCGGUUUCAACUCGUUCGAAUUCGAAUUCGAGUAGAAGUAAUGCAAACUGGAACUACGCAGGUCCAUCUCAUGUGUGUCUAUCCUCCGAUCAGAAUGAUCAGAUGAAUUAUUGGUCGUCGACCGGGGAAUUUGAUAGGAUUCCUAUGGAUAUAUUUAUGCAAAUCUUGAAGUUGCUUGCGCCGAAGGAGGUCGCUAUGCUCACGGCAGUUUGCAAAUCAUGGAAAUUAAUCGUAUCUGAUAACAGGUUAUGGGUGUCCUACCUCCAGAACCAGCAUGUUCCUUGGGACUCUAUUUUCUUUUCAGAAAUUAGCUUGCGAUCGGGUUAUCCUCUUCAAACAUAUCCUUUUGAGAUGCAAUCAUUUAUGAAGAUCUAUGGUCAACGAGCACUAUCCCCUGGAGCUGUAAUCAUUGAUGGUGGUUCUGGCUACUGCAAAUUUGGUUGGAGCAAAUUUGAUUCUCCAUCUGGGAGGUCGGCAACAUUCUUGGAAUUUGGUAAUAUCGAGUCUCCGAUGUACUCAAGGCUUCGUCAUUUUUUUGCGACAAUCUAUAGCAGGAUGCAGGUGAAAUCAUCCACACAGCCGAUUGUUGUCUCAAUUCCAAUCACCCAAUACGAUGAUACUGAAGCUGCUAAAGCUGCCAGACGACAACUUAAAGAAGCCAUAUACUCUGCAUUAUUUGGCAUGAAUGUUCCGGCUGUUUGUGCAGUCAGCCAGGCAACUUUAGCUUUGUUCGCAGCAAAAAGAAGUUCAGGAAUCGUUGUGAAUAUAGGUUUUCAUCAAACAUCGGUUGUUCCAAUUUUACAUGGUAAGAUAAUGCGCAAAGUGGGAGUGGAAUCUGUGGGAGUUGGAGCUUUGAAACUUACGGGAUUCCUUAGGGAGCAAAUGAUGCAAAGAAACUUACAGUUUGAUUCGCUAUACACUGUGCGCUCACUGAAAGAGAACCUGUGUUAUGUAGCUGUUGACUAUGAAGCGGAAUUGUGCAAGGAUGCAGAAGCAUCAUAUGAAGUUGCGGCUGCAGGUUGGUUUACUCUAAAACAGGAGCGCUUUCAAACCGGAGAAAUUCUCUUCCAACCACGUAUCGCAGGAAUGCGUGCAAUGGGAUUGCAUCAAGCAGUGGCACUUUGUGUUGAACAUUGUCAUGCUGCUGAGUUGAGUGCUGAUGAAAGCUGGUUCAAGACCAUUGUCCUGGCUGGAGGAAGUGCAUGCUUACCGGGACUACCAGAAAGAUUAAAGAAGGAACUGCACCAUCUUCUUGCCCCAUCCAUAGCUGAUGGAAUAAGAGUUAUUCCACCCCCUUAUGGUGCAAAUUCUGCAUGGUAUGGGGCAAAGCUUCUUAGCAACCUGAGCACUUUUCCGAACUCGUGGUGCAUCACCAAAAAGGAGUUUCGGUCCAAGGCAAGAAGAAACAUUGUAUGGUGAAGUUGAUUGAUGAUCGAAUGUUUGUUUUUAUCACAAUAUAAAUAGUAUAUAUAAAGCCAGAAGCAAAUUGUAGUAAUAUGAAUGUAAAAUCUAGCUACUUUUCUUUUUCUUCUUGUUGGAAAAAUGCUCUCAAAAUGAUAGUACUCAAAAUAAAAACACAAUAAUAUACUCCAAAAUCGGAGAAAAACCACCA